CACACAAUGCCAAAAACGUGAAUAAUCACAACCCGCCGUUACUACAGCGGUGUGAACCAAAAGUAAACAUUUAGUUGUAAUGAACUGAUCCAAAUUAUGUUGAAAUAACAACAACAUGAUGUCGAUUUGUUAAACGCAUGAAUUCAUGCUUUGUCAGGUCUGACAGCAGGACAUCCAUCUAUCGCAAACCGCUUAUCCUGCGUACAGGGUCGCGGGGGGCUGGAGCCAAUCCCAGCUGACAUCGGGCGAAAGGCGGGACAACAACUUUUAAAAUGCUUGUUUUCUGAGUGGAGUUUGGCUCAGUCGGGGCUAUGCUAACUUGUUCACGAUGUUGCACAGCUUCAUCCCUUCAGAGCUGACCUGGUCCGUGUUUUAAUGCUCAGCUGAACCGUCCUCAACUUUUCCGCCAGAUUUUACAUCUCCUGUCUUCCCUGAUACCUUCUGUCUGCAGGAAACGCCCCGAGCGUUUCUCCUCCCAUCAUGUCUCACAACUACCCGUACAGACAGCCGCCGUCUGACUCCGAUCUCAGACCUGAUCCUGGACCUUACAGUUCUUCCGACCGCCGCCACGCCUCGUCAGACCGUGACUUUUUCAGGGCGCCUCAGGAGUCUUUCUCUUCGCCCUAUCCGUCCUCUUCGUCCUCCAGAGGAGCUCAGUGGUCGCAGGACGGCGCUCUCAACAUCCUGAGCAGCUGCGGUCUGGAGCCCGGCGACCUGGCUCUGCUGGCCGAGCUGCCCGAGGACGUCCUCACCGUCGAGUCCCUGCCUCAUGUCCUCAAUCAGAUCAAAGGAAAGAGGGGGACCAUCAAACCUUUCCCUCCCAACGCUCUGUCUUCUUCCUCCUCCUCUUAUACCCCCAGCUCCGCCCGCCGCACCUCCGUCAGCCCCUCCACCAGCGACUGGGACCAUCACCGCAGACAGCUGGUCCGGUAUCCGCUGGACCAGGUAUCACCCAGUCCUCUUCCUUUUGAACAGGAUCUGGACCUGGACCGCUGGGGAAAUCCCAGGACCUGCAGCGCUGCCAGAGCCGACCCACCAUCAUCAUCUUCAUCCAGCUACGUGGUGGACUUCCACAGACCAGGGCCCUCUGAGUAUGGUAAGGCAGUCAGAGAGGCUGGUCGGGUGGCCUCUCAAGACUACAACAACAGACCAGGGCCCUCUGAGUUUGGUAAGACGGGCAGAGAUGCCAGUCCUGUUUCCUCUCGGGACCAGCCCUCUUUCAGCUCGGCAGAAAGAGGCACGGGAAAUCCUUCUUCCCAUUUCUCUCAGCCUGGACCAGCUGGUCACAUGUCAGCCCCUCCUCCUGAAGACUACCAUCUGAACACCUGUGGGAGGCGCCGGGAGUCUCAGACCUCUUCCAUCAGGAGCUGGCCCUCCGCCUCGAUGCCCUCCAGGAAAGAAGCACGGGACUUCCACGGGACUUCUCCGACGGUGUUCCCGUACUCGUGCUCUCUAUGUGAUAUCAUUGUGAUGUCAGAGAAGGUGUGGAUUAAACACAUAAACGGCACUCAGCAUGCAGACGGACAGCUCAGCCUGCUGCAACAGUUUCCUGACUGGGACUGUCGCAUGGAGACAGUCAACAGGGCCGACAGCCAAUCAGAGAAGUGGAAGGUUGAAGGCAAACCUGGCCGGCAGCCCCAGACGUCCAAUCAGAGCUCCAAGUCGCAGGCAAAUAAAACCCUCCAGAAGAAGACAGAGAAAAGUAAAGUGGUGUGCGUCAAGUUUCCGGCUCAGUCUGUGGACGAGACGUACCUGAGAAAACUGACAGAACCGUUCGGAAAGAUCGUGAAGAUCCUAAUGUUCCCAUCUUUAGCGUUUGUGGAGCUGGGCUCUGUCGAUCAGGCGAAGGACUUGGUGAAGUUCCACGUUAACUAUCCUCCAACUGUGAACGGAGAGCAGAUGGAGUUCAGCAUCUCCAGCACCUUCGGCUUCCUCCAGAGUUCUCGGGUGGUGAGUUUCUCUCCGGUUCCAACAGGAGAGGACUGCCAAUCAGAUCUGUUCACCAUCAUCAAACGCUUCGGCACUCCUCUCUACAGCCUGUUCCUGCCGUCUAAGGCGUUCAUAGAGAUGAAAAAUACUCCUGAUGCUCAGAAGAUGGUGGAUUAUUAUUCCUCCAACCCUCUGAAGAUCAAUAACGACCUCAUCAACGUUUCCUUCUCUGUAGAAUACAAGAGCCUCAUGCGGGUCGCAGCGUCUAAGAGGUACGAAGAGGAAAGCUGCUCAACCAAGAGGACGAGGAGUUCGAGCCUGGACAAAGAAGACAAGACGGCAGAGACCAAGAGGCGGAGGGGGGAGGAGGAGGGAGUGAAAUCCAGCAGAACCAGAACCAGGUCUGAAUCCGGAGAAAAGUCCACUAAAGAAAAUCCAGCUAGAUCCAGGUCCCGAGAAAAGUCCACUAAAGAGAAACCAGAUAGAACCAGGUCCAAGUCCAGAGAAAAGUCCACUAAAGAGAAAACGACCAAAACCAGUUCUGAGUCCGGAGAAAAGUCCACUAAAGACAAACCGGCUAGAACCAGGUCCAAGUCCAGAGAAAAGUCCAUUAAAGACAAAAUGAUCAAAACCAGUUCUGAGUCUGGAGAAAAGUCCACUAAAGACAAACCAGAUAGAACCAGGUCCAGCUCCACAGAAAAGUCCACUGAAGAGAAAAGUUCUAGAACCAGUUCUGAGUCCGGAGAAAAAUCUAGAGAAAGGUCCAGCAGACAGAAGAGGUCCAGGUCCAGAGAGAAAGGCAGCAGAGACGAGAGGACCAGAACCAGGUCCAGGUCCAGAGAGAAAGGCAGCAGAGACGAGAGGACCAGGACCAGGUCCAGGUCCAGAGAGAAAGGCAGCAGAGACGAGAGGACCAGAACCAGGUCCAGGUCCAGAGAAAAGUCGGUACCAGAGAAAACGGAGACGACCGACACAGAGUCCAGGACUGAUCCUGAUCCAGCUCCUGCCACAGACUCCAGACCUGAACCUGUAGACAAAGAACAAACUGAAGAGGAAGCAGAGUCGUCUGCAGAGGAGAGCGACAUCGAGGGGAUGGAGGUGAUCGGAGAGGAUGGAGAGAAUCUGGAGGAUGCCGACGUGGAAGAGGAGGAGGAGGAGGAAGACGACAAGAUGGAGGAAGCUGCAGAGAGAACAGACUCACCUGAAGAAGAUCAAGAGAAGGAGGUGAAGGACGGAGAGGCUGAUGAUCAGGAGCAGCAGGAGGAGAAGUUGGUGGUGAAGGAGGAGGAGCCGGAGAAACCUGUGGUGAAGGAGGAGGAGCCGAAGAAACCUGUGGUGAAGGAGGAGGAGCAGGAGAAACCUGUGGUGAAGGAGGAGGAGCCGGAGAAACCGGUGGUGAAGGAGGAGGAGCCGGAGAAACCGGUGGUGAAGGAGGAGGAGCCGGAGAAACCGGUGGUGAAGGAGGAGGAGCAGGAGGAAGAGAUGCUCGGGAUGAAGAAGCAGGAGGAAGAAUCAGAAUCCAGCAGAGGAGCAGAGGAGACGUCAGAGACUCGGCUGGAGGACGACGAGGAGGAACCGGAUUUCCCAGUAGACCUGGAGAACUGCAUCACUCUGGAUGAGCUGGAAGAGGACCAGUCUGAUGACCAAGAAGAAGUCGUCAGAGAGGAACGCGAGCGUCGGUCCACCCGAGUGAUUUACUUCAGAAACCUCCCGCUGCGUUUCUUCACCGACGUCGAGUUCAUCGACCUGGUGAAAGAAUUUGGGACGCCGGUGCGCUACGUCAUGGCCAGCCAUCGCCAGAAGGGUUUCAUCGAGAUGUCGACUUCUUCAGAGGCUCAGAGAGCCGUUAAACAGCUAACCUCUAAACCUGUCAUCUUCAACUCCUCCAGACUCGUGAUCCAGAUCUCCAACAAAUACAAAAGACUCAUCAACGGGUGGGCGGUUCAGACGGCCAAGGACUCAGCCGAGGGGAAGAGAAGCGAGCGCAGGAGGAGCGAGAGACGGAACAGGGACGAGUCCAACAGGAAGUCCUCGAAGAAGACUCCAGAGAAAGAGGCAACGUCCAAAACAGCCAGCCAGAAAGACUCUGCAUCUUCAAAGACUCUAGAGAAAGAGUCAGUAUCUAAAAGGACUCCAGAGAAAGAGCCGUCAUCUUCAAAGACUCUAGAGAAAUACUCUGCAUCUUCAAAGACUCUAGAGAAAGAUUCAGUAUCUAAAAGGACUCCAGAGAAAGAGUUAGUAUCUAAAAGGACUCUAGAGAAAGACUCUGCAUCUACAAAGAUUCCAGAGAAAGACUCUGCAUCUACAAAGACUUUAGAGAAAGACUCUGCAACUACAAAGACUCUAGAGAAAGAGUCAGUAUCUAAAAGGACUCCAGAGAAAGAGCCGUCAUCUACAAAGACUCUAGAGAAAGACUCUGCAUCUACAAAGACUCUAGAAAAAGGGACAAAGUCCAAAACAGCUAGCCAGAAAGAGUUGUCAUCUUCAAAGACUCUAGAAAAAGACUCUGCAUCUAAAAAGACUCUAGAGAAAGACUCUGCAUCUACAAAGACUCUAGAGAAAGACUCUGCAACUACAAAGACUCUAGAGAAAGACUCUGCAUCUAAAAAGACUCUAGAGAAAGACUCUGCAUCUACAAAGACUCUAGAGAAAGACUCUGCAACUACAAAGACUCUAGAGAAAGACUCUGCAACUACAAAGACUCUAGAAAAAGACUCUGCAUCUAAAAAGACUCUAGAGAAAGACUCUGCAUCUACAAAGACUCUAGAGAAAGACUCUGCAACUACAAAGACUCUAGAGAAAGACUCUGCAUCUAAAAAGACUCUAGAGAAAGACUCUGCAACUACAAAGACUCUAGAAAAAGACUCUGCAUCUAAAAAGACUCUAGAGAAAGACUCUGCAUCUACAAAGACUCUAGAGAAAGACUCUGCAACUACAAAGACUCUAGAGAAAGAGACAACGUCCAAAACAGCCAGCCAGAAAGAGUUGUCAUCUUCAAAGACUCUAGAGAAAGAGUUAGUAUCUAAAAGGACUCUAGAGAAAGAGUUAGUAUCUAAAAGGACUCUAGAGAAAGACUCUGCAUCUACAAAGACUCCAGAGAAAGACUCUGCAUCUACAAAGACUUUAGAGAAAGACUCUGCAACUACAAAGACUCUAGAGAAAGAGUCAGUAUCUAAAAGGACUCCAGAGAAAGAGCCGUCAUCUUCAAAGACUCUAGAGAAAUACUCUGCAUCUACAAAGACUCUAGAGAAAGAGUCAGUAUCUAAAAGGACUCCAGAGAAAGAGUCAGUAUCUACAAAGACUCUAGAGAAAGACUCUGCAUCUACAAAGACUCUAGAGAAAGAGUCAGUAUCUAAAAGGACUCCAGAGAAAGAGUCAGUAUCUACAAAGACUCUAGAGAAAGACUCUGCAUCUACAAAGACUCUAGAGAAAGACUCUGCAUCUACAAAGACUCUAGAGAAAGAGUCAGUAUCUAAAAGGACUCCAGAGAAAGAGUCAGUAUCUACAAAGACUCUAGAGAAAGACUCUGCAUCUACAAAGACUCUAGAGAAAGAGUCAGUAUCUAAAAGGACUCCAGAGAAAGAGUCAGUAUCUACAAAGACUCUAGAGAAAGACUCUGCAUCUACAAAGACUCUAGAGAAAGAGUCAGUAUCUAAAAGGACUCCAGAGAAAGAGUCAGUAUCUACAAAGACUCUAGAGAAAGACUCUGCAUCUACAAAGACUCUAGAGAAAGAGUCAGUAUCUAAAAGGACUCCAGAGAAAGAGUCAGUAUCUACAAAGACUCUAGAGAAAGACUCUGCAUCUACAAAGACUCUAGAGAAAGAGUCAGUAUCUAAAAGGACUCCAGAGAAAGAGUCAGUAUCUACAAAGACUCUAGAGAAAGACUCUGCAUCUACAAAGACUCUAGAGAAAGAGUCAGUAUCUAAAAGGACUCCAGAGAAAGAGUCAGUAUCUACAAAGACUCUAGAGAAAGACUCUGCAUCUACAAAGACUCUAGAGAAAGAGUCAGUAUCUAAAAGGACUCCAGAGAAAGAGUCAGUAUCUACAAAGACUCUAGAGAAAGACUCUGCAUCUACAAAGACUCUAGAGAAAGAGUCAGUAUCUAAAAGGACUCCAGAGAAAGAGUCAGUAUCUACAAAGACUCUAGAGAAAGACUCUGCAUCUUCAAAGACUCUAGAGAAAGACUCUGCAUCUACACAGACUCUAGAGAAAGACUCUGCAUCUACAAAGACUCUAGAGAAAGACUCUGCAUCUUCAAAGACUCUAGAGAAAGACUCUGCAUCUACACAGACUCUAGAGAAAGACUCUGCAUCUACACAGACUCUAGAGAAAGACUCUGCAACUACAAAGACUCUAGAGAAACAGACAACGUCCAAAACAGCCAGCCAGAAAGAGUUGUCAUCUUCAAAGACUCUAGAGAAAGAGUCAGUAUCUAAAAGGACUCCAGAGAAAGAGCCGUCAUCUACAAAGACUCUAGAGAAAUACUCUGCAUCUACACAGACUCUAGAGAAAGACUCUGCAUCUACAAAGACUCUAGAAAAAGGGACAACGUCCAAAACAGCUAGCCAGAAAGAGUUGUCAUCUUCAAAGACUCUAGAAAAAGACUCUGCAUCUACAAAGACUCUAGAGAAAGAGUCAGUAUCUAAAAGGACUCCAGAGAAAGAGACAACGUCCAAAACAGCCAGCCAGAAAGACUCUGCAUCUUCAAAGACUCUAGAGAAAGAGUCAGUAUCUACAAAGACUCUAGAGAAAGACUCAGUAUCUACAAAGACUCUAGAGAAAGACUCUGCAUCUACACUGACUCUAGAGAAAGACUCUGCAUCUACAAAGACUCUAGAGAAACAGACAACGUCCAAAACAGCCAGCCAGAAAGAGUUGUCAUCUUCAAAGACUCUAGAGAAAGAGUCAGUAUCUAAAAGGACUCCAGAGAAAGAGCCGUCAUCUACAAAGACUCUAGAGAAAUACUCUGCAUCUACACAGACUCUAGAGAAAGACUCUGCAUCUACAAAGACUCUAGAAAAAGGGACAACGUCCAAAACAGCUAGCCAGAAAGAGUUGUCAUCUUCAAAGACUCUAGAAAAAGACUCUGCAUCUACAAAGACUCUAGAGAAAGAGUCAGUAUCUAAAAGGACUCCAGAGAAAGAGACAACGUCCAAAACAGCCAGCCAGAAAGACUCUGCAUCUUCAAAGACUCUAGAGAAAGAGUCAGUAUCUACAAAGACUCUAGAGAAAGACUCAGUAUCUACAAAGACUCUAGAGAAAGACUCUGCAUCUACACUGACUCUAGAGAAAGACUCUGCAUCUACAAAGACUCUAGAGAAACAGACAACGUCCAAAACAGCCAGCCAGAAAGAGUUGUCAUCUUCAAAGACUCUAGAGAAAGAGUCAGUAUCUAAAAGGACUCCAGAGAAAGAGCCGUCAUCUACAAAGACUCUAGAGAAAUACUCUGCAUCUACACAGACUCUAGAGAAAGACUCUGCAUCUACAAAGACUCUAGAAAAAGGGACAACGUCCAAAACAGCUAGCCAGAAAGAGUUGUCAUCUUCAAAGACUCUAGAAAAAGACUCUGCAUCUAAAAAGACUCUAGAGAAAGACUCUGCAUCUACAAAGACUCUAGAGAAAGAGACAACGUCCAAAACAGCCAGCCAGAAAGAGUUGUCAUCUUCAAAGACUCUAGAAAAAGACUCUGCAUCUAAAAAGACUCUAGAGAAAGACUCUGCAUCUACAAAGACUCUAGAGAAAGAGACAACGUCCAAAACAGCCAGCCAGAAAGAGUUGUCAUCUUCAAAGACUCUAGAAAAAGACUCUGCAUCUACAAAGACUUUAGAGAAAGACUCUGCAACUACAAAGACUCUAGAGAAAGAGUCAGCCAGCAAGAGGUCUUCAGAUAAGGACUCUGUGUCCAGAAAACAUCUAGAGGAGUCAUCAGAAAAAAAGACUCCAGAGAAAGAGUCAACAUCCAAAACAGCCAGUAAGAAAUCUUUAGAAAAGGAAAAAACCAGAACGUUCAUAAGACAUCCAGAGAAGUCAAAAGAAAAAAAGGAAUCCGUUGCCAAAAACAUGCCGGAAAAGAAGUCCAGAACAACACCAGAGACGGAGUCGGCCAAGAAAAAGGAGUCCAAUACAGCAUCUAAGAAGAGUCCAGAAAGAGAGUCGUGUGAAAAAAAGAGUCAAGAAAAAGACGACCAGAAGACGUCCAGGACACCGGGGGAGGAGGAGGACGCUGGCAAAGCUGCCGGUAAAAAGAGUCCAGAAAAGGAGUCGUUGCCUCAAACAAGUCAAGAAAACAAGACAUUAAAAAGGAAAAGGACUCGUGAAAAUGACUCGGCGUCGGAGAAGAAAGAAAAGAAGAAGAAAGAGUCUGUGAGUGAUGACAUAAAACAGGAGGCUGUAGAAGAAGAAACGUUAGAGAUCAAGAUGGAAGAAUCAGAGGAGGAGACGUCUGAACCGGGACUGAAGGAUCAACCAGACUCAAAACCACAAACUGAACAGAAACCUGAUGAUCGGCUGCAGGACUCUGAGGUGCAAGUGGAGCCACGAUGCGGACCUGCAGGGGGCGCCGCCCAGCCGCAGAAACCCACCACACCUGUUGGAACGGAGUUUGUUCGGCCGGUCGUCGGUUAUUUCUGUAACUUGUGUCAGCUGAUCUACGCCGACGAGGACGAAGCCAAACUGCAGCACUGCAGCAGCCUCGCACACUACAGGAAGUACCAGGAGAAGACGGGGAAAAACCCGUGGGCGCUGAGCUGAAGGCGAAACAGCAACGCAGACGCUGAUUCAUUUCAGCACUUUGUUGGGGUCAUUUAUUUAAUUUGUCUGGACGACACUUUUGUUUCUUUGUGUUUCUUCUGUUCGUCUGGAAAUCAGCUGCUUUUAGUUUUGUUCAUGUUUUGAUGGUCAAACUGUAAAAUUACUUUCUAAUAAACAAAAAAACCAAACAA